AUGCCUAGAAAUAAACAGGAAAAUGCAGGCAAGAAAGGCGGUUCGGAAGUAAAUGUUGCGGUAGUUAUGCUGUCCCAGUCCUGUAUAAGGUUGAAAGCAGAACAGCCUCAAAACUUUACAUUUGAGUACUUGAGAAUUUUUACUGCGAUUUAUGAUGGCAUUUGUAGCAAAGUACUUUAUGAUGGACCCGACAAUGGACUUUCUGUUCUAUACAACGGCCUUGACUCUGGUGAUAUCAAGGAAAACAAGAACAAAAAGUACAAAAAGCCGUUUAAAAUGCUAGAACCAGUAUGUGAAGAUAUACUAGAAGAAGAGAACAAGCAAGACGCUGUAAAACAAACAGCUAAACAGGAGAGCAAGAAGGGAGGUGGCAAAGAAGGAAAAGGUGGCAAAAAGGGAGGUAAGGGUGGAAAGAAUAAAGAUAAAAUGGGAGAGGCUGUCAUGAAGCUUAAAGAGUACUGUCAGUGGAUAGUGAUGCAUACGACAGUAGGGCUUCCCGUUGACUUUCCAGUAGAUUUGAGAGCCCGAUUCAUGAAAAUGGAAAGUGUCUGUAAAGGUUUAAACUAACAGAAACAGGACAUCGUGUACAGACGAUAACUGAAAAUCUGACAGAAAAAGCAACAUACUGUUUCGUGACUUUUGCUUGAAAAUGCUAAGAAAUAAAACGUAAUCUAAAUACAGAUGCUGAAAUAAAAUGUAAUAUAAAUAAAAAUACUUAAAUAAAAUGUAAUUUAUAUCGUCAGAAUGAGAGGUUGCUCAAGUUGUAGGUGAUGUAAAUUUG